ACAGAACAUUUCUGCGAGAGAAUAGCUCGUCACGUUUCAGAGUCUUGUUCUUUUCAAAUCCCAAGAUACCAAAAUCUUGAAGUUUCCCGUUAACGGCGCCGUUGCCUUAAUUUUUGGGUGCUUCAUUUCGUCACUCAAUCACCAUUGAAACCUACUCCCGCGGUUUCUCUCUUCUUCCCCGCGCUAGUCGUUCGCAGGGGAAAGAGAGGAACGAAAAACGUGACAUUCUUCUUCUUCUUCUUUCUUAGGAUCAUCUUUCAGAUGAUCCCGACCAGUUCCUUUUUUAAAAUAAGUCAAGCCUUGAAGGUGUCAAAUGCUACUAUUCUUCUCCGAAAGCAUAUAAACUACUGUCAGGAACACGGUUUUUUUCUUACCUUUGCCUCUGCUGAAAGAGUUACUAAAUGGAACACUAGGCCAAGUGAAAUGGAUGGGAACAAGAGGAGGAAAUCAAAAACUUCCGUAUGGAGGCCGGUUAAUUUGCCAUCAUCCUCUACUGAAGGAAGCUUGAUCAAGGAAGCAAACAUUCACAGUGAGGUCCUGCCUGUGAGGCCUCAGUUAGAUUCAAAUGCUGAUGCUGGUGGUCAGGAAGACCAUCAUGAAGUUUCUUGGGCAACUGCUGAUUUUGGACAGGAUACAGUAAAACAUACCAAAAAUUCCAAAUCAGUAUCUUUGGGUUCCAAUUCUCUGAAUAAUGAUACUGGAGCUGCAGCUUCAGAAAAAUCAACCCUGCCUCAGGAAAUAGCUGUUACAUACUAUCCAAGGAAAUCAAAGUCUCCAGAGCACAUUUCUCGAGGCCCAACUCAGGUGGAAACUAUAGAUGACUUAGGUACUUCACUAUCAGAUAAUCCUGCUGCUGAGUUGCAUUAUUCGACUUCCAUCGAGGUUGAUGCUUCCUUGGUUGGCUUCAUCAAAGGGAAAGGAGGAUUCACUCAAAAGAAAAUCGAGGAGGAGGCAGGAGUAAGAAUACUUUUGCCCUCAUCUAAAGAGGACUUGGAAGUCACUGUUCAAGGUGCUUCUGUUGAGGACGUAACUAGGGCAAUGGAAAGGAUUAAAGCUUUACUUGAUGAGGCAGUUAAGAGCCCAAGACUAGAUUACUCCCAUUUUGUCUCUCUUCCUUUGGCUAUUUAUCCGAGCCUUGUUGACAAGCUAGUCAACUUUCAGAACUCCAUCUUGGGAGUUUCAACUUGUCAAGUAGAUGGGGACAUAGAGAAUGAUCAGAAUGAAGAUUUUUCAGAAGAGGAGGAAGAUAAAAUUUGUACUCUGGCAGAAGGUUCUACUGUUUCUGUUAAUCUCAAGGUUCAAGAUGACAAUGAACACGUGAAAGUUGUGAUGGACGACUUACAUACUGGAAAGAACACAACUCAAGUAGCAAACUCUGGCUUAUCUGAUUUGCGCAUUGACCAGUCAAUUUUCAUCAAGCCAAAAACUUUUCAUUUAACCGUUCUCAUGCUGAAAUUGUGGAACAAGGACCGUGUUGCUACAGCCAUAGAUGUUUUGCAGAAAGUGUCCUCGAGUGUGUGGGAUGCUUUGGAGGGUCGCCCCAUUUCUAUACGAUUAAAAGGCCUGACUUGCAUGAAAGGGUCACCAUCAAUAGCUGGUGUCCUAUAUGCACCUGUUGAGGUAAUUGAUGGAGAGGAGCGCUUGCUACGUGCCUGUCAAGUCAUUAUCGAUGCAUAUGAUGAAGCUGGUCUUGUUAUUGAGAAGGACAACAGAAAAUUGAAGCUGCAUGCAACGGUAAUGAACGUGAGGCACAGGAAAGGGAAGAAUAGCAGAAGACACGAUUCAUUUGAUGCACGCUCCAUCAUCAAGCAAUAUGGAUCUGAAGACUGGGGUGAAUAUCUGAUUCGUGAAGCGCACUUAUCUCAGAGGUUUGCGUAUGAUGAUAAUGGGUAUUAUCAUUGUUGUGCCUUGAUCCCUUUUCCUGAAAUCCUUGAAGGCACAGCUAUGUCCGCGGAUGCCAUUGAACCAUAAGCGACCUUCUUCUUCCAAUUGCUUUGCUAUUAAUACAAAUGAUCAUCAGAUUUGCGUUGCAUUCGAACAUCAACUUUCUAAAGGCAUUGAUUGGCAGUCAAUUCUUGCUUUCCUGGUGGGUGUGGGGCAGGCAUUUUCAUGCACUAUGAGUUGGGAUAACUUUGCUAAUCAGGGUAGUCUUUACUUGAUUGUAACUUGCUACGGAUCAACUGAACCUAAAUCUAUUUGAUUUGGAUCUUAUUAAUUUCA